UGCAGCGCGGCGUCACAGAGAGUGCGUGGAUUCAUGUGCGGGGAUAAACGCAUUUUAGUCGCUUUUGCUUGUUGCUGGUUUGGGAUUUUUCACACCACCGCCUGUGUGUACAGGUGUUUUUUUUUUUGUUUUUUUUUUAACAAAUAAUAGGCCAUAUUUGACAGUAUCGCAGCGAGGCAGUAGCCCGCGCGCACAGAUGUGUCAGUACGAGCGCCGGUUUGAGAGACUGCGGUAAAACCGCCUGCUCAGUCGCGCGCUCCUCGUUUGACGGAAACUUUAAUUCAUCAGAGUGAGUUUAUGGAUUUGCGCGUGCCGGUGUGACAGAGUAUGUAACUGACACGGGGAUUAAUCUCACGCGAGCUCGUCUAAGCCGCAUCCAUCCAUCCAUCCAUCCAUCCAUCCACCCGGGAGGAGGAGGAGGAGGAGGAGGGGGACGUUCCCUGGCAGAGGACGCGGACGAACAGCGCAGCCACGCUCGGCUCUGCUCCAUUCAGCCGGUCUGUGUCGCCGUUACGGUGUGGGGUAGCGGUCCGGUCUGUGUAGAAGCAAGGAUAAACCUCGCACUCGUUACGGUUGUGACAGUGUUAUGCUCGGCUGUGAAAUUAACAGUCGACCAGUACCGAACACCGGCUCUCUGUCUUUCACAUGGGCGAAGACGAGGAGCGGUUCUGCGCCCGGACACGUCGCGGAGGAAACGAAGAAAACGGGGAUAGCGGAUCGUCCCUGGACCCGGACAGAGAGAGGAGAUAUGCGGAGCUGUUCGAGCAGCUGGACUUGAAUAAGGAUGGCAGGGUGGACAUCACUGAACUGAGGACCGGACUGGCAGCUCGUGGUUUACACCGGGGAGAGGCAGAGGAGAUAGUCCUCGAGAGUGACAUCAACCAUGACGGUUUGCUGGACUUCCAGGAGUUCUCUCAGUACCUGCGGGCUCACGAGAAGAGGCUGCGACUCAUGUUUCACAAUCUUGACCGCAACAAUGAUGGUCGAAUUGAUGUGGGGGAGAUCCAGCACUCGCUGCACAAGCUUGGAGUGGAGGUCACCAUGGAGCAGGCCUCCAGAAUACUGCAGAGUAUGGACAGGGAUGGCACUAUGACCAUUGACUGGAAUGAAUGGCGUGAUCACUUCCUGUUCAACCCUUUCCACAACAUGGAGGAGAUUGUCCACCACUGGAAACACUCCCAUAUGUUUGACAUUGGGGAACAUCUGACGGUGCCGGAUGAGUUCUCAGAGCAGGAGCGGCGGUCAGGUCUGGUGUGGAGGCAGCUGGUUGCUGGAGCCAUGGCAGGGGCGGUGUCCCGGACAGGAACCGCUCCUCUGGACCGCCUCAAGGUCUUCCUGCAGGUACACGGCUCUUCAUCUCGAGGGAUCAAUCUGUGGUCUGGACUGAGGGGGAUGGUCCAGGAGGGAGGCGUCUUUUCACUCUGGAGGGGAAAUGGUAUCAAUGUCCUCAAGAUUGCCCCUGAAUCUGCCAUUAAGUUCAUGGCCUAUGAACAGAUCAAGUGGGUGAUCCGGGGCAAUAGAGAGGGGGGCAGUUUAAGGCUACAGGAGAGGUUCAUCGCUGGCUCUCUGGCAGGAGCUACUGCCCAGACCAUCAUCUACCCCAUGGAGGUGUUGAAGACCCGUCUUACAUUAAGGAAGACGGGACAGUACUCAGGUAUGGCUGACUGUGCCAGACAGAUCCUGAAGACAGAGGGAGUCCGAGCUUUCUACAGGGGCUACCUGCCAAAUACACUGGGUAUCAUCCCCUAUGCUGGCAUCGACUUGGCUGUGUAUGAGACUCUGAAGAACGCCUGGCUCCAGAGGUACUGUGUAGAUUCAGCAGAUCCAGGAGUUUUGGUCCUGCUGGGCUGUGGCACCAUCUCCAGCACCUGUGGCCAGCUUGCAUCCUAUCCUCUUGCUCUCAUCCGAACACGAAUGCAGGCACAAGCCGUCACUGAGGGUAAACCCAAGCUGACAAUGGUUGGCCAGUUCAAAUAUAUCAUAUCCCAUGAAGGUGUACCGGGCCUGUAUCGCGGCAUCACCCCCAACUUCCUCAAGGUCAUUCCUGCUGUCAGCAUCUCCUACGUGGUGUACGAGCACAUGAAGAAAGUCCUCGGGGUGGGGUAUUAGACUGAGACAAAGAAGAGGAACAAGCAACAAAAAGGACAGAGAAGACUUAUUAUGCUGGCGAGAAGAAACAGAGGAGAGAUGAUGAUUCAGCUUCUCAGGCGUCUGAAGAAAAUGAAUGGAAGUCCAGGAAGAGGAGAGGGAAAUCUCUGACACUGUUAUACCACAUGCAUACAGGAAAUGCAUUAACUCCCAGUGUAUUUGUAUUUUAACUAACAUCCUGAAUCAGUCCACGGUGCACAGUCGAACAAUCAAGACAUUCUAACAGCUCAGACUGAGGUGUAAUAAAAAAAAAAGGGUUAUUUCAUUUCUGAAAUACCAGGGUUCACAUUCAUCUUCAAGAGCGUUCAAGCUGAAGAUGGCCAGUUUAAAUCAAGCUACAAAUUCAAAGGCUCAUCAGAUGCCAAAAUCUCACACAGUGGUUUGUAAUUCUAUUGCUGCAAAAGUGAGAUAUAAACAGUAGAGAUAUCCUGUCCUGAACAAAAACAAAAAAGAAUACCAAUGUUAUUCCUAAUUUUGAAAGGUUUUUUGGUCUGAAAGUACUGUCAGACAAUCCGAAGUUUUCUUUGUUGUCAGUGUUUCUUUCCAGUUGAGGCUGGUGGGCACAGCAAGAAGAGCUGCUGCUCUUAUGAAAACAGCUGUUUGAGUUGACAGUGGUUCAUGUAACCGUGGCAGCUGGAGAAACCACACAAGGUAAAAUUACACAGGAGGUAAUUUAACAGGUUCCCUGAAAUAUACACCUCUACACCAGCAGCAGACAUGUAUAAUAGUAUAAAUGGUCCCUAAGCAACAUUGGCAUCAAAGUAUGAUUAUCUGGUCUGGGUCAGAAAACACUGAUUAUCAUAUUAGUUAGCUAAACUUAUUAACUGUGUCAUUUUGCUAAUGCUAGUAUGGGAUAAUAGAAUGGGCAUCUAAGUUACUACCACCAAACACAAACAGUAAGAAACAGAAAUUUUAUUUCCUCCAUAGAGAAUUUGUUGUGGUAAGAUAAAAUACUUCCUAAACACAGCCUCAGGUACUUUGCACGAUGCAAUCUCUUAUUUGUCUCAUGCAUCCACUGCAGUGGAUCAUACUAUAGUCUUCAGAUUAACAGGUGUGAAACUGCUGACCCUGUAGAAACACAGUAAUACCAAACCAUGAAGAACUGAACAUUUAAAUCAGUGGAAGUGCUUCAACAUGGAAUCUGACAUGCAUCUGCUGUAUCUACUCAGUGGACUUUUCUAGACAAACCUUUAACAUGUAAUAUCCUGAAGACAUUUUACAGUGUUUGUUUGGUCUGACGGUGCUGCUCAUGGCUGCUCUGCGGGUGUCUCAGUGCAAACCAUGGUCAAACACAGGAUUGUGAAAUGGUGUCACUAGUCUGGGAAGAGUUAAGCAUUUGAGCAGCAGUACACUGGUGUUUUGUCUCUGGACUUUAAUCAUUAGACUGUGAAAUGAUACAAAUGUUUGAGGUUGAGGAAGCAUUUUUUGAAUUUGUGAAAUGUUGCUGUCCAAGUACUUAAGAGGCUCAGGAUGUAGGACGAUGUUAGUCAUGAUACGAGGUGUUAGCAGCCUCUAGUUUCAUGGUUGCGUGGUGUGGAGGUAUGUGCAGAGCCAGAAGAAAAACAAGACUGAAAAGGUGGAGCUGAUUAAAAAUACUGUGUGUGGGUUGUUUAUCUAACAACCAUCUAAGGUAUUAAUAUCAUGUAGCUCAUCACAGCUCAACUGAAGCUCAUCUGUUAAGUUUAUCUGUCUACCACUGAAAUCCAUCAGCCUCCUGAUAAACUGAUAUUUACCUCCAUCUAACUGAUACCUCUCAGUGUCUUUAACGUUCCCAAUUUAAGGUUCACUUCAUAUCUUUUUCUGCAGCUCUUAAUUACAUCACACAGUCUUAAUCAGCUGAUGCAGUUUGCUCAGUUGUCAUGGAGAUGGUAGUGUUGACAUGCAUCCUCAGCAGCUGCUAUGCUCCUUAGUACUUUUAGGAGUUUUUAUCCAUGUGGGUAUGAAAGUAUAUUAAAUGACAAACAAUUCUAAACUCACUGUUGGAUAUCUACAUCAGUACGUAUGGUAUAGAAUAUUAAACUAUACCUCAGUUUAGCAUAAAACAUCAUUCUUACCAUAGUUCAAAACAUGAGGCAACUGAGAAAACUCUAUCUGCUGAUGAAAACAUGAUACAACAUGAUAGUGUGGAUCAGUGAAAACAGGAAAUGAGAGCAAGCGUGAACACACACUGCUUCUUUGUUACUAUGUCCACCUGUUUACCACCAUGAAACUAGAGGCCAUUGUAUUCUGUGUGCAUUAUUGCAUGUGUAGGCAGAUGAUAAAUCAUCCCAAAUACUCCAAACCAUCCAAUUUAGAAUAUAUUUUAUAAAUUAAAAGCAUAUGGAACUAUUUUCUAUACCUUGUUCCCUGCACUGGAGCUUCAGCCAAAAACUUCAACCUUAUCUGAAAGUGUCUGAAUAUGAGGAUGGAUUUCAGUUUUACAAGACAGAGAUAAACAAGUGAUUGAGUGUGUAUCUGAGCAUGAUUUAAAAAACAUCAUAUUUAGGUAUAACUUGAAUCUGAACUGCACAAAAACUUUCAACAGUAGUUUGUCUGUGCAGUUCUGAAGCAGCUGCAUGUAAAGAGAGUGGUGAUGAACUAUAGACCCUGAAUGUCAUUAUUUGCAUAGUGGGCAAAUACAUAUAUCAUCUAUAUCAUUAUGCUUAUGAAUGCAUAAUUCCUUUAAGAGUUUUUUUUCCUUGCAGGCGUACUUGAAAUGAUAAAAUGCUUGUUGCCACUGGGGCCUUGCAAGCAUGACAUACAGUAUUUUUAAAGCAUGAGUGCAUGUUUCCAAGCCUUCUGUGAAAGUGUAGCAGGCUAGCUUCAGUGUGAGGAAUAUUGCCUUUCAUCAAUGGGCUGUUUUCACCCCCCCCCAAAAAAAAAAAAAACCAGAGUACUACUAUUGUAGUGUGACUUUGAUAAGAAACGCCACCAAAAGAGCUUUCUAGUUUUGAUAAACUGAUAAAUUGUCUAUGUCAGUUGAAUGUGUAUGUGCACUUUACAUGCCUCGAUGAUGGAAUUAAAUCUGUGAUAUUGUACGAAGAA